AUGGCGGAGUAUAAGACGGUUGGGGUUGGUGAUAUUAGUUUCUUGGUCCAGAAAACAGGUCUUUCUGAUCCUGCUCUACGUCUUGUUAUUGGAUUACUGCUAGCUUACCCAUUGUCUUUGAUUUACCGUUUGUGCUUGUACAGAAAGAAUCCUUUGCUUCAACAUGCAUACUUCACAUUGGCUGGAAUGAGCAUGAUCAUAUUUUGUUUUGGAUGGGGAGUGAUUCAUUCUAUCAUAAAUAUUGCACUUGUGUACGUAAUACUUCUGAUUGGAGGACCAAACAUAGCCACAGUUAUUGCAAUAUUUAUUCUGAAUCUGGGAUAUCUGUUAUUUGGAAUCAUAGUAAAUGCUACUGUUGGAUAUGAUAUCAACUGGACCACACCUCACUGCUUGUUAUGUUUAAGGCUCAUCAGGAUCUCAGACACUGCAAGCUCAACAGUCAACAUGGUGUGUGGCAGCUCUUACUUCAUGGGAGCAGUCCUGGUUGGACCACUGUUUCCAAUCAAGCCCUAUAUGCAACUUGUUGAGGGAAGUCUUAUUGACAGGGAGUUGGACAAUAACUCAUGCAUUCAAGCUGGGUUAAAACGACUUGUUGUAGGACUUCUCUACCUGACAUUGUACACCGUACUGGGAUCGUGGUUUACUGCAGACUACAUGACCUCAGACCAAUUCAAGGGACUUUCUUUUUUUAMCCAAAUUUGGUACAUUGGUUUCUGGGGACGAAUAUUCUUGAUGCGUUACCUGGGUGUCUGGUUGACUUCUGAGGGUAGCUGUAUUAUUACUGGUCUUUCCUACAACGGCAAAACUCCACAAGGAGAACUCAUCUGGGAUGGUUUGAGGAAUAUCAAAUUGUCAUUAUAUGAGCGUUCAUACACCUACCAGCACAUAGUAGAGUGCUUCAAUCUCAACACCAAUAAAUGGGUCUUCAGAUAUUUCUUCAAGCGGCUGCGAUUCCUUGGAAACAAAGACUUGUCACAUUUCCUAACACUAAUGUUUUUGGCAAUUUGGCAUGGACUGCAUGUGGGUUACUUCAUCUGUUUCACCAUGGAAUUCCUUAUUAUUAUGAUGGAAAGACAGGUGUACAACUUGUGUGCUGCUAUAUUCAAAGUACGCUGGGCUGAUAUGGGUACUGGUUUGAAGGCUUUAGCCCUUGCUUUUGCUUGGCCAAUCAGAUUCUGUGGCUUUGGCUACUGUAUUAUUCCUUUCCACUUUUUGACAUGGUCAGCAAUGAAAGGCCCAUUGCAUGCUACAUAUUACCUUGUUCCAUCAGUGCUUGCAGUAUGGUUCACUAUUUAUCCUAUUAUCAUUCACCCUAUUUACAAAUCACUGACCAGAACCCCAUCAGACCAACCAAGAGACAAAGAAAGGUUGAAGAAAGCCGAAUAAAUGUUUUUUUAUCAAGCAAUUUCAUUUGCUAUAAUAUUUGAUUGCAUGUGGUCAUGAGUAGUAUUUGAUACUAAGCUCUUAUAUUAUUAUCUUUUUUUACACAGUCAUGAGUUGUUA